GGAAUGAUUGGAGAUAUCCCUGGAGUCAUCAGAUUCAGUUUUAACCUGUACGAAAAUGCAGUCAAAGACGUAAAUGACUAUAUUAAAAGCCUGAUGGUUUUCCUUGAUGGGCCAGAGGGGUUUGCAGAAGGUACACAAACAUGCUUGGAUGUUUAUAUAUAUAUUCAUUAAAAAAUAUAUCAGGGUACAUGUUGAUAUUAGAAUCAGGAAAGAAGCUCAUAGGUGAUGUCUUUCGGUACAUGAUAAAGGAACUUUCGAUUCAAGAUAGAUACUCCAUGGUCAUUCACUGUACUGCUGGAAAAGACCGCACUGGUGUCUUUGUUAUGGUCUUGUUGGGUCUGUGCGGUGUAGAUGAUGAAAUUAUUGCAAGAGAGUAUGAGUUGUCAAAUCUUGGCUAUUUCGAAUAUGAAAAAGAUUUGACACAAAGAGCAGAAAAAGUAGGUGUGAGUGAAGAAAAGAUGCGAUCUGCCUUAUCUGCAUCUUACAAUGGAAUGAAAAGUACCAUUAGACGAUUGAAAGAAAAGUUUGGAUCAUUUGAAGGAUACGUACAUGAAUGUGGAUUGAGUGAAGAAGAGAUCAAACAGGUUAAGCAGCUUAUGAUUGUGCCUAUUCGUUUUGAAGAACGUCAACUGUAUCGUCCUAAAAUUUAAACAAUUACAAAAAAGGGAGUAUAAAUAUAGAGAAAUGCCUUAUAUUAAAUAUAAAUAUAUCUUGCCCCCCUUUGAUAAAGAAUGUAC